UUUAUCACAAAUCAGAGUGUCGGCGUCUGCAGGAGCUUACAGGGCAAGAGUUCACCGGUCUGUCGCUAACUCGGGGACUUUCUCUCAGUUUGGUGAUAGCUGACGAAGUUUAGAGGCAAAAAGAAAACACAUGAGAGUUCUACGGAGGAGUCGCUGUCCGCAAAAUAACUUCAUGGAGAGAAGUUUAGCCCGUGAAGUAGCCUGCACUGGAUACGUUCAGCCCGGGGUGAAAGACGGUGAUUUUAUUGACUUUACGGACAGCAACGACGAUGCCCAUUUAAAACGGGGGAAGUUUUCUGGGGGUGUUUGAGAGAGAGAGAGAGAGACAGAGACAGAGAGAGACAGAGAGAGAGAGAGAGAGAGAGAGAGGCCAGAGACAUGAUGUCCAUUGGAGCUGAUAGCUGACACUGUAGAAUGAGAGAGGAUGGAACAGACUGACAACCCUGCCCUUGUGAGCACCAACCCUAAUGGGUUUGUCAACCGAGUGUUUAAUGUUUCUCUGGAUGUGGAGAAUGAGACCAGCAGUGUUUAUAUCCAGGAGGCUGGACCAGGGCUUGCAGAGGGGGAAGGAGAGACUCAGGCUGCCUCUUCUCAGACCCCUGUCAAAGACAGACAGGAGGUCAUCCGGAGGCCCCGUGUCACAGGGGGUAUCUGGAAGAUCUUGAACCGAAAGAGAGCUGUCUCAGAACUGGAGCGCAGACCCCACUCCAUGAUCCUGCCCGGGGAGGCUUCCAUCCCUAAACUCUCGUUUGCUGACAAAGUUCGCUCCUUCAAAAAGCUUAAGCCCCCCUCUGUGUUUAGAGGUAAGACAGGUAAAUUGUCUACUGCCAAGUUUAGCAACUCCUUGGUGGAUGACGAAUCCUUCUGCCGGGACAUUGGCACUCCUCAGCAGUCCAGCAGAAGCACACUCAGACAACGUGGCAAGAGGCAUUCCUAUGCUGGCUACACAGGAGACUUUGACUGCUCGUUCGAAGACAUCGACCUCACAGCUCCUAUAGACGGCCACCAGCCCACUGUAACGGGAGAGCCUGUGGCUCAGAAUGGCUGUAAACCAUCAGAAAGAGUUUGCUAUACUAAAAGAAGCCACAACAACUCAACCAACUGUAACAAAACAGCUGCAGGCUGUGAAGAGCCUAGCAUUAAAGGUAGCCCGAGCACCCACCAGGCUAGGGGAAGGAGGCACAAAGAUGUGUGGAGUUACCUGAGGAGGAUUUCCCUUUUGGGGAAGGCCAACCCUGUCUACUCAGAGAGGAGCUUUGACUCAGAGCUUCCCUCUUGGGACAAGACCAUGGACUCAGACUAUGGUUCUGUAGACUUUGAGAGUGUCAGAGACUUUCAACCACCGCCCCCAAAACACUCUGACCCAAAGGGGCACUUUGGUGGUCUGUUCAAGUUUUUCAACAGUGUAGCAGAAACGGCCAGGAAAUGGCGGACAACAUCGCACUCCUUCUCUCCUCCGGAGGGAGAGAGGACACCGACGAGCUCCCCACAGGUGACCAAGGCCACAGUGGACAACAUUCACAGUGUGUCCCUGACACUUCACAGUGAAGAACACCAACAAUCCCAGCCUAUUCCAUCAUCACCAGUAACCGCUAAAUCCUCACACUCCAGUAGCUUUGACAGCGAGGCUCCAGCACCUGUGACAGGUGGACGAUCCCCUCAGGUGGUCCUGAAAGCCUUUAGGCCAUGCCCAGGAUCUCAAGCUGUCAAUGGCCUUCAGAGUUAUGAGGGCACAGACAAACAUGUAGACAGAGAGACAAACCACAGGUCUACAGCCAUAGCGGAGAAUCACAUCUAUCAGUCAGGGCCAACCACGGGGACUAAAAAAGAAGCAGAGUUUGAAAGGGAUCCAUUAAACUGUCUGUGUCAAGAGGAAAAGGUAGAGGGACAGACAGGAAAUGAGCAGGAUUCCAGGGAUGCUCCACCUGACUCCCACCACAUACAGGAAGUGAAUGUCCAAUCACAACAAGGUGAUAAAGAGAGCACAACCAAUAGGGUACCAGCAUCAGAUUCCACAGAGGAAAUAUUUAAGCUGUGUGAGCAGAUUGCCAGCCAGGCAGGCUGCGGUGGAAGGCAGCUGUGCCCAGCCAUGCCCCACUCAAGCACAGAGAAGACCUCUGUACCUCACAAGCCCCUGCGUCGCCCUCGUCCUCGCCCGGCCUCAGCUGUAUUGGACCUGCGGAGGCCCAACCUAGACCGAGAUCUCUACGACCAUUAUAGUGAGGUUGGCUCACUAUGCCGGCGGAGACGCAGGCCUGCGCCCACCAUGCAACACUCUCCAGGGCAAAGACGGAUGGCUGCUCGCUCCAGGCCUUGCUCUGUUAUAGAGACCAGUGUUACUAGGGAGAUGCAGUCCACGGAGCUGCACCACAGAGCCUUGUCUCGCCCUCCGGGUGUGUCACCGUUAGAGCCCCCGCUAAGGGCAUCUCUCCAGCGGUGUCGCUCCCUGCCGCUCCCCCCCAGCACUCUCACUGCCUUGGCGCUGCUUCUGCCUCAGUCAGUCAUGGGUCAGUCGUCAUCGUCGGUGCGUCUGCGGUCUGGAGGCUCCAGUAGCUGCAGGAGGAGGAGACUGUUAAGACCUGGUUCAGAACCGCUGCAGGUCAACAUUUUGAUAAGUGGAGGUUCAAUCGUCAACGCUGAGGCGGUAUGGGACCAUGUGACCAUGGCGGACCGGGAGUUGGCGUUUAAGGCCGGUGACGUCAUCAAGGUGCUGGACGCCUCCAACAAGGACUGGUGGUGGGGCCAGAUUGAUGAGGAGGAAGGAUGGUUUCCUGCCAGCUUUGUACGGGUGGAACCCCACCCUCCUCAGCCCCAAACAAAACAGGUUUUCUAUAUCAACCCCAUAGCAACUCCACGGUUCCAAAACACCACGUCAAAGCUGUGGGUGAACCAGGAGGAUGGGGGAGCGGAGCCAGCCGAGGGGACCAGCGAGGUGCAGAACGGGCACCUGGACCCGACCAAUGACUGCCUGUGUCUGGGCUCGCCCCUCCAGAACCGAGACCAGAUGAGAGCCAACGUCAUCAAUGAGAUCAUGAGCACAGAGAGACACUACAUCAAACACCUCAAGGACAUCUGUGAGGGCUACCUGCGCCAGUGCAGGAAGCGUGUGGACAUGUUCAACGAUGACCAGCUGAAAGUCAUCUUUGGGAACAUCGAGGACAUCUACCGCUUCCAAAUGGGCUUUGUUAGAGACUUGGAGAAACAGUACAACACAGAGGACCCCCAUCUCUCUGAAAUCGGACCAUGCUUUCUCGAACAUCAAGAUGGUUUUUGGAUAUAUUCAGAAUACUGUAACAACCACUUGGAUGCCUGUAUGGAGCUGAGCAAACUGAUGAGGGAUGGCAGGUACCAGCACUUCUUCGAGGCCUGUCGCCUCCUCCAGCAAAUGAUUGACAUUGCCAUAGACGGCUUCCUGCUCACCCCUGUCCAGAAAAUCUGCAAAUAUCCACUCCAGUUGGCUGAGCUUCUUAAAUACACUGCGCAGGAGCACAGUGAUUAUCGAUACGUGGCAGCAGCACUGGCAGUAAUGAGGAACGUCACUCAGCAGAUCAAUGAGAGGAAGAGGAGACUGGAGAACAUCGACAAGAUCGCCCAAUGGCAAGCUUCUGUUCUGGACUGGGAGGGGGACGAUAUCCUGGACAGGAGCUCGGAGCUCAUCUACACUGGGGAGUUGUCAUGGAUCUAUCAGCCGUAUGGACGUAGCCAGCAGCGAGUCUUCUUCCUCUUUGAUCACCAGCUGGUCCUCUGUAAGAAGGAUCUGAUACGCCGGGACAUCCUGUACUAUAAGGGCCGCAUCGACAUGGAUCGCUACGACGUGCGGGACGCCAUAGACGGCCGUGACGACGACUUCAACGUCAGCGUGAAGAACGCCUUCAAAUUGUGCAACAAAGACAGCGAGGAGCUCCACAUCUUUCUGGCCAAGAAGCCAGAGGAGAAGAUCCGCUGGCUCAGGGCCUUCCACGAGGAGAGAAAGAUGGUGCAGGAGGAUGAGAAAAUCGGUUUUGAGAUCUCUGAGUACCAGAAGCGGCAGGCGGCCAUGACAGUGAGAAAGGUGACCAAACAGAAAGGUGUAAACAGGUGCACGCCCCCCUCAUACCCGCCCCCCCAGGACCCCCUCAGUGCGGGGCAGUAUGAGGUAACGGAGGACAUGGCACAAGGAGAGGUUUUUGAAUUCAGUCAAUCCAAAAGAGGCCAGGCUCCUUUCUGGCAGAAUUUUAGUAGAUUAGCUCCAUUUAAGAAAUAGAGAUACACAGACUCUUCUGAAGGACCAGCUAUUUUUGUUAGAAGCACCAAACACUGGAUGAUCAUGUCCCAUGAUGAAGAAAAAUACGAAAAACAAACAAACACACACACACACACACACACACACACACACACACACAAGGGACUUUUGAAAAUUAAGGACCAUUGUUAAUAUAGAGGUUGAUUGGAAGCAGCAAGAGGACUGAAGACUUGGAUUUAAAACAUUGAGGACAAAUUACAACUUUACAAUUCAUAUAUGUCAGUAACGUUCUGAGUUAUCAUGCUUCUCCAGCCGAGUCAACAGUCAUGAACUCUUUCCCUCGGAUUCUGCAUCUUCACGCCACCUGAAUGUCCUGCAGUUCUUUAGAUUGUUAUAUUAAUUCAUUUUGAAUCCAUCAUCUGGAGAGAAACACAUGGAUAAACCAGAGCAUUGCUAGUCGUAUGAUUGUGUCCAACAAAGCUGAGAUCUUGCUGUGCUGCUAUGUGAGAUUGAAUAAUGACGGGCCUCAGCUACCGGCUGUGGCGUGUGAAGGGCCUGUGAAGCUCGAGCGUCAGCAUGGUCUCCGAGUUCGAUCCAUUCUGACCCAGCCGGGCCACCUCUAGCGCUACUGAUGUCUGCGUCUGGAUCUCCUCCUCACUCCCAACGCUCCGUGUUGCUCUUGCUAGCUGUUCGCAUUAGAGUAGCCCUCUCUUCUUCACCGAGUCUGACGCUCACAGUGUUUCCCUCACUCGCUGCAUCCCUCUCGUGUCCUCUCUAUCUCUCUACCCACCUGCUCAGCCUCGGUGAGUCAGUGGCUCUCAGAGGAACAGCUUCAUUCUCUUGGAAAGCUGCCAUUGGCCAUGAUAUGACGGGUCAGGGAACAAAUCAAUAGUCGGAACAUCAAUAGAAUAUUUACAUCCUUUCACCAACCACUUUUGACAGGGUAUUCAUAACCGAUCACACCGAGGGGCUGUGGUGUUUACGUUUGGCGAGAGAGAGCUUGCCGCUCAGAUGAAACAGCUGGGAGCAGGAGAUAGGCAGGCUACGGUCCACCUGCCUUGUGUCAGAGCCCCUCCCCCACUCUCCCCAGAGACCACCCCUGUAGCACUGUGCUGGCAGCUCACUGGGCGUUUGGAAAGAGAACAGCCUACCUCCAAGGAAAUCCACUGAGAGUUAAAAGUGGAGUUGAAGAGGUCUAAAAUAAGAUCUUUUUUUCACGUCAGCUGUCAGAAGAAAGACUCCUUCAGUUAGCUUAAGUAUUUUGUAUUGCUCACAUUGUGUAAAAAAAAGAAAAAGAAAAGAAAAAAAACACAGCACAUAUUCAGUCUAAGGAGUACUUUCAUUUGGGUAGGAGUGACGCAAACAUUGCCACAGUGUGAGAAAUUAGAACGAACCCUUAACCAGCAGAAGAAAUGGUUGCAAAAAAAAUGGCAGAAAUUCUAAACGGACAGGACAACCAUAGCAGUCGGUCGUGAGUCUGAAAGAACGUACGCUGCAGAAGUGUGAGCCGAUACCACAGAGAGGCAGAGAGGUGAAUUUAAUCUGUAGCAUCCAGGUGUCCUCUGACAGAUCCACACGUCUCUAAAGACCGUGUUCCUCUCCGUUGUUUUCCCAGAUCUGAUCCGUGUUCUGGCAGUUAGCUCGGCACUGUUAAGUGAUUUACAGAGAGCUGGUGCCUGAUCACAUUGAUUUGUUUAAUCAACAAUGUCUCUGAAGCUGCUGUGGGCGAUCCUGCCACAUGAUACUACAACAGAGGUGUUAGGAAAGAUAAGAUCUACCGAGGAAAAAACUACAGAUUUACACACAUAAUGAAGGUAUAUUCUUUUCUACAGUUGGAAUGUAAGUGACAUGAGUCCUACACGGUCCUUUUCUGUAUGCUUUGUGACCUCAGAUACAGAAGUACAUUUUGUGUUGAAUUAUAUCACCUGAUGGACAGUACAUAUACAGUAUGACAACUUGUGCAAUGUGAUAAAUCAUUAUAUAUCUUCACUAUUCACUACGACGUGAUAUGAAAGAUUUAUAUAUCGUUCUAUGUCAUUUGUUUGCCUUCUUAUAGGCCUUAUAACCUAUUGGGGAGAGAAAAAAAGACCUUAGAAUUGCUUUGUAUGUUGUGUAAUUUAUGUUUUGUUUCAGUAAAGAAAGUUGAGAAAUGGGUGAGUUGGCUGCUGGUGUCUGUAGAGAUGGCUCCCAGUGAGAUUGUUUUGGAAGAUAAUUCCCUGGUCUGGCGCUGCAAAAAGAUAUGGUUCCCAGGCCAUGAUAACCUCAGGUCCCGUGCUACGCCCCCACCCCCCACCCCCUCCUCUCUCGCCCCCAUUCCUCUACUCUACGCCACCACCAACAUACAGACAUAAGCAUGCAGGCAAACACACAUACACCCCACACACACACACACACAUAAUCAUGCGCACUUGCUGGCCCGUUCUGCUGCGGAGAAGAGAGAUGCUAUCUAACAGUGCCUUCCAGCAUUCCACUAGUGAUUAUCUAUUCAGUUUCACAGGCAGAUUUGAAUUAGUCAUGUAUUUUCCCUUCAGUGUGGGACUUGCAUCUCUCUCUCUCUCUCUUUCUUUUUCUCUCUCUCUCUCUCUCUCUGUCGUUCUCUCAAACACACUGGGAAUUCCUCGUUCUCCAGUGCAUGAGAUCCACUUGGACAGAAACUUAGAGGCCAGGCCUUUUCCAUAUGAGUAGAUACUGUGCUGUCUGACUGAAAAACACCUUAUUAUAUUAUAUCACACGUACAUAGCCGUAAUUUUAUUGCACAAAAAUAAGUUAAUUCUAAUUUCAGACGUUUAGAAACUGCAUAGAAUUCCUUUAUUGUUAUCUAUUUAACAUGCUGAAAGGUGGUCUCAUUUGAAUUUAUAGUAGGAAACAGAUUUCCAUUAGUCAAGUUAUAGGUUUCACUUUUCAAAAUAUGUUAUUAACAGUGAGUUAUGAAUCAAAAGAAGAAUCAUCUAUUUUAUCUUUAUCAGCUACACUGUAAAUAAUGUAAAAAGAACAGAUCAUAUAUUUGGAUAUUGGUAUUUUGCGUUGGAGACGAAUGUUGUUCCAGUUCUAGCGUGCGGUAGACCUCAGUACCAGGUAAAUGCAUGCUCGUGGCAUCCAAUAUUUUGCAUGAGACUUUAGACAACUCUUAACAGAUUGUUUAGUUUCAUUUAACUUCCAAUGGGAUUUUUUCACACCACGGAACCAUUCAUUUGUGAACCCAUGCCAUCUCACUGCCGGGAGUUCUUUUCUCUGUCCACCUGUCUCCUGCUCACGACAUAUUACAGCUUGUAGCUUCUGUUUUUAUUUAUUAAGUAGAGGGGAACAUCUUUCAUCAUGCUGAAUCAAAGACUGAACUGUUGAUAGGUGAAAUGAAAGGCACUAAUGCUCUCUUUGCCCAGAUAUAUUGGGUAGUAUAAACUAUAAACUUGCUCUAAAUCUUUAUAACUUUCUUUUCUUUUGACUCCAACCUGCACUGUCACGAUCCAAACUGCUGUUUUUUUUUUUUUUGGAAUUCCAUUAACCGCUGAGGCAAAACGGGUAUCAUUUUCUAUGACAACAGUGAACCAAAUAGGAGUUAGCACUGAUAAUGGGUGUUUGUGUAUAAAUUUGUAGUCAAGCAGAAGAGCUGAAUAAAUGCGAAACCUCUCGGGAUGAGCUAAAAAUAAACAUAAUCCUGAAGAUGCACACACACACACACACACACACACACACACACACACACACACACACACACACACACACACACAGCAUUGCAAUUCAUUUAGUGCUCUUGUUUCUGAUUAAGACAUGAUUCUUUGAAGUACAAUGACAUCACAGUACAAAUUAAUUCCACACUUGUAUUUAUUGAAUGCAGUAUUAAAUAGUACCAGUUUGGCCACAUUGUUAAAAAGUAUGUAUAUAUUGUUUUUAUUUUUCUGAUAUAAUUAUAAUUCUGCCCUUGUACUGAGAGCUGAGAGGACAGCCUUCUGUGUGGAAGAUUGUUUUUUUUUCUUCUAUUUCAUAAAACCAAGACAGCCAAUUUAGCAGACUGUCAAUUGGAUGCAUCAGAAUUAUGUAAUUCCUUUGAGUCCAGGGCGUACGUGAGUCGCUAACCGCGUUCACUCACAUUUAGCAUAGCGACUAUCUUCAGUAGGAACUCCUUGCAGUUGGUUAUGCAGUUCUGUGUUGUUUCAAAAUAGUCCGGGUACAACAGAGUCUUCACUGAGCCAUAUAUUGAUGUGGUGUCCUAUGACAACAAGGGUAACAGAAGACUGACAUCCCACUUUUGGAAUCUAUCCAUUGUAUUAUACCAUCUAGUUUGAGGUCUGGAUUUUUGCCUAUCACAGAAAAUUGAAUUCACAGUAUCCAUAUCCUAUGUCACCAUAUGCAAACAUUUGUCAUUUUCUUUCUUGCUGGCCUUUGAGUUUGAUUAUUUGUUGUAGAAAUGAAAAACCUGAAAAAUAAUGCCUAUUCAAUCCAGAAACUGUGAAUGGGAGAGUGGAGAUGUCAACUGUAUGUACAUUAUAUGUUUUGAUGUAAUCAGAAGCACUGGGAAUAUGUUGUACUUCGCUGUAAAAAUAAAUCCAUAUCUGAUAUAGCUGUACUUUUGUUGAAAAUAAAACCUCUACAGAA